AUGGGAGCACCACUUGCUGACUCGAACAUACUGACUCGGCCUAGUGCGACGGAAGUCAGCCGCGGUGUAGCGCCUGCGGCGAUCGACAGCAAGACUGUGAAUAUUCUCAAGCUGAAAGCAACAGGAAGUGGACGCCACAGCAAUGCAUACAUCCUCGCUUUGGAAGCCCGAGUCCAAACUUUGGAGAAGCAACUGGCCGAGCAGGGCAGCAGACAUCCCGAGUCACCACCAGACUCUGUUAAGAAUGAUUCAGUCAUCCAAGAAGAUGUAGCCAUUCAAGAAGAAACAGUCUCUGUGGUAACGAACCCACCCGUUCCCGAACCUAUCGAGCCGCCCGGGGACGAUGUGGAUGAACUGGCAAAUGCACUUGGAUGUUUCACCCUGGGAGACACCGGCGAGUUGCGCUACUUCGGCGAAUCCAGUAACUUCUCCAUCAUGCAAAACCAGGCCAUCAAAGUCCCUUCAUCGGUCCAAGCUAGAAUGCGAGGUAUCGAAGCAGCUCGGGCAAUGCCUGGCUUCUUUGAACCCUCGGAUGAGCUCCGAGAUCAUCUCCUCGCACUAUACUGGAAGUGGCAGAACUGCUGGCAGUAUAUCGUCCCAAGAGAACUCUUCGUCCGAGACCUCUACGUGGAUAAAGCUGAGCGAUACUGCACUCCACUGCUUCUUUAUACCAUUUUGGCCUUUGCUUCGAGGUACUCAACGAGGCCCGAAUUGAGAAGUGACCCAAAUGAUGCAAACACCGCAGGAGAGGCGUUUGCUGCCCAAGCUAGGACCAUCCUGCAUCAUGAGUACGAAGCUCCGACCUAUACGACGGUUCAGGCUGCAGGUUUACUCGGCCUGUACUGGGCUUCCAUCGACAACGAAGGUCUUGGGUUCAUCUACAUUGGAAUGGCUACGCGAAUGGCCAUGAAUCUAGGACUCCAUUGCGAUUGUUCAUCAUAUGAGGCCAAUGGUUUCAUCACCAAAGGUGAUGUCGAAGCGAGGAACGUCACCUUCUGGGGUAUAUACGUUCUAGACAAACUCUUUUGCAUUGGAAUGGGAAGACCCGCCAGUAUCCAGGAAUACAACAUCAUGACGACCAAGCCACAUGGACAGACGCCAUGGAGUCCUUUAUUGACGGACUUUCAGGUGCAGAUUUCAAGUCCCCACCUCAGCCCUCAUAUCACAGAGAACGCAGGGUAUCUCUGCGAAAUCCUAACGGUCACGGCCGAAGUUAUCGACCAGCUAUAUGCUCAGCGAUAUGCAUGGAUAGGCAAAGAGAGAGAAGAGCGCGUCAUGAAAGCCCACCUGGACGCUGUAGCGCUCCAUGAUCGGCUACCCAAGAGCUUCAAGAUCUCACCUUCUAGCCUACAGGUCUCUCCUCCCUAUGUAUAUCAACUCCAUUUGCAGUAUCAUCACACGAUACUACUGCUUCAUAGGCCGUUCUUUCAACUUCUCAACCCUGGCAAGAAGGGAGGAAUCCCGUAUGAUCCCCUUGGUGGUGAUAUUCACUCCAAGUCGGUCAAAGACUCAGCAGUCAGAACGGCAAGAAUCUUGCAAAUCUUCAGGAAGAACUACACGAAUCGAUGUAUUCCCAUCUCAGCCGUUCACCCAACCUUCACAGCAUCAAUCAUCCUUCUGCUCCACAUGAAAGCCGAAGGAGACCUUGGGAGAAGCGAAGCCUUGAGAUGUCUCAACAUCUGCAUCACGUCGCUGUAUGAGAUGAACCUCAUGUGGAAUUGGGCUAACCGGUCCAUCCGCGCCAUUCGAUCACUCGCUGCUGAGUGGCAGAUUGACAUCUGGGCUCAUGGCCUGGCGCAGGAAAUCACCGAGGAGUGUCGUUUGCAGUUUGAGAGAUAUGAGAUGGAUGACCUGCCUAUUCUUCCUCAGCCUCAGGAUGAUUUGGGACUGACACAAGGAAUUUCGCUGGAUGACAUUUUUGAGUCGUGGGCUUAUGAGCAAGCUUUUGGAGACAGUUCUUUUGACUUCUUUCAGUAA